AUGUCUCUGAAAUGGACUGGAAAUCCAAAUGAAACUGGUAUACUAAGGAAGAGUGAUGGAAGUAGAGAGAAGAAAGAAGAAUUAUUCGUGUUCGGGUAUUCGUGCAAACUGUUCAGGGAUGAUGAUAAAGCUCUGCACAUUGACCAAGGAAAGCAUCUCAUUCCGUGGAUGGGGGAUGAAACUUUGAAAAUCGACAGGUAUGACGCAAGAGGGGCCCUCCAUGAUUUGGUGUCCUUAGAAGCUCCACCUGGUGGCUUCGACUGGCGAGUGGAGCUUUCCAGAACUGAACAGGAUGUGGAACAGCUCUGUGAUGAGGAGAGGUACCGGGCCCUGCAUACUGAUGAAGACGAGGAAGAAAUGUAUAAGGAGGAAGAGCUUAAACGGCUCCAUGCAGCAGGUUAUGGUCAAGUCGGCUUUAACUAUGAUGCUCCAGCCGAAACUCCACCUGAACCUCCAGUAGAAAUUGAAGAGCCCUUUGAACCUACAGAUUCAUUUAAAGAACUGCUGCCUUCAAAUACAGAAUUUCCUCAAACACAAAAGCAAAAUGCGAUUAUUGAAAAGACAGCAAAGUUUAUAGCACAUCAAGGUACACAAAUGGAAAUUCUCAUUAAAGCCAAGCAGGGUGACAAUCCACAAUUUGAAUUUCUCAACAAGGAUUCCUCACUACAUCCAUACUACACUGCCCUUAUAGCAUUGGUUAAGGCUGGCAAGUGGCCGGAGAAGGCAGAAGUUGUUGAAGAUAAACAUGAAACAAAUGAGGAGUACCUUCAUCCAAGCUUAGCAUCAACUGUUAUAGAAUCGGCUCCCUCCAUACCAAGCAUUCACUACAAGCCGUCUGCAGAUUGUGACUAUACUUUACUCAUAUCAAAAAUGAGGGGCGAGACAUUGGAUGAGUACUCUGACUUGGCUCCAGGUGAGGUGGCGCCCCCGGGAACUGAACCUGUACUGCCAAGGGCUGAUAUCAUGAAGGCCCCAGUCAUGUAUAAUAGGGGAGAACCAGUUCCACCGGUUACUCAAACUGUGCAACAUCAUCAGUAUGCAGCAUACUACACACAGUAUAUGGCUCAUCUAACACAAACACAGACACAAGCACACACGCCACAAACGACAAUUGAAAAACCAGCACCAACCAUACCUCCAACAGAAUCUACCGGUUUAAGUCUCAUGAAGAAUUACAAUACGGACAGUGAAAGCGAAGAAUCAGAAUUGGAUGAUAAUUCUAAACAAGCAAGCAAAGACAAUGUCUUAGUGCCACCAAACGAUGUUCAUGUGGUCAUAGACAAGAUGGCGGCGUACGUAGCGAGGAACGGUGAUGAGUUUGAAAAAAUUGUACGGUCUAAAAACGAUCCGAGAUUCACAUUCUUAGAGGACAGUAAUAUAUAUCAUCCGUACUACAAGAAAUUGAUGCUCGAGAAAAGAGGUGUCCCAAAUGGAAACGACAAAAAGGACAUCGACAAAGCAAUUCCUGUGUCUUUUUCAAUAAAGAAGCAUAAAGAACCGGAACCGAUCCUUCCGAAGCCAGCACUUCCGUACGAGUCGAGUACAGAUGGUGAAGAAGAAAAUAAAGACGCCGAGAAACACGAAGAACCCAAAGAAGUGCCGAUAACUAAUAUACCACAGACACAUCUCACUAACAACAGUAACAAUAUACCGCCUAUUGUUGUAUACAAAAUGGAAGCUGUACAGGCCAACAAUCUGCCUUUAGUGAAAACAUAUGAACCAUGCAACAUUGGCAAAGUCAUUACUGAAGUCAGCGAGAAUGCUAAAGAAGCGAUUGUUCCUCAAGUAGUUGAGAAAAUUACAGAAAAUGUCUUACCACCCCCUGCUGAAAUUAAAAAAGAGAAUUCUCCGGAAAAAAGAGUAGUAGAACGGGCCAAAGACAAAGAUAAGAGUCCCAGGGAAAAGAGUCCUAAAGAGAAGAGCCCUAAAGAUAAAAGCCCUAAAGAUAAGAGUCCUAGGGAUAAAAGCCCUAGAGAUAGGAGUCCUAGAGAUAGGAGUCCUAGAGAUAAAAGGAAACCUAGAGAUCGAAAGAAGGAUUAUAGAUCAAGAAAUGAUAGGGAAUCGAGAAGAUCCGAUCGGAGAAAUGAUGAUAGAGACAAAGAACGCGAAAGAAAGAGGGACAGAGACAGAGAGAGUGUCAGUGACAGGGAUGGAAAGAGAAAGAAAUAUAAAGACUCAAUAGAAACAGAAAUUAUAUCAUUAGAAGAUAAUUCUGAUGAAAUGAUUGAUUUGACCGGCGAGCAAUCCGACUCCAGAGGUGAAGAGACAGAGGCGGAUCGUUCCAAGCAGCAGCAGCGUCGUCGUCGUGCGGCCGAGUUCCUUCGACGAGUCUCCUCAUCCCGGACGAGGACGACUCACGGGACAGACCGCAGCCCUCGCCCACCGACCGCUACCCUACCGCACUCCUCACUAGCCAGCGCUAUGGUUGACACAUUAGAAUCAUUGUACAAAAAGAAAAACGAGGAAGAUGAAAAGAAGAAGCGAAGGGAGAAACGACGGCAACGAGAUAAAAGAGAUUAUGAAGAAGAAUCCGACAGAUACAAGAAAAAUAAAAGGAAGAAGAAUAGGUCUUCAGAAGAAGAAGAUUCAGAUGGAGCCAGUUCCAAAAAGAAGAAGAGAAGGAAAGAGAAAAGCCAUUCCUCUAGAAGUUAUAAGAAAUCCAGAGACACAGAGCUAGAUGAAAAACCACAACAAAUUAACAUCGAUAUAACGAACACACUCAAGGAGCUAAGGAACUCCUCCCCUACGAAAGAACUUAGAUUAAAAGAGGAGAAGCUUCUAAUAAAAGAUAAUUCCGACGGAGAGAAGAGUUUAAAGAGAGAUAGGGAGUACAGUGAGGGAGAGUGGUCCAGCGACAGUAAUAAUGACUCCGGUUUAAGUGACAACAAUACAGAACAAACUAUAGCUGGGAAAUCAAACUAA